AUGCUUGGAAGUGUUGAUUGUAUGCAUUUUCGGCGGAAGAAUUGUCCAACAGCAUGGGCAGGUACGUUCCAUGGACAUGAGAAAAAACCUACCAUCAUCUUAGAAGCCGUGGCAUCAUAUGAUCGGUGGUUUUGGCAUGGUUUCUUUGGAAUGCCAGGGUCGAACAACGAUUUGAACGUCUUGGCUCAAUCUCCACUUUUUGAUAAGAUGGUUAAUGGUUUAGCAUCUCCUUGUAAUUAUCGCAUCAAUGGCCACAUCUACGACAAGGGUUACUACUUAGCGGAUAAUAUAUAUCCAAAAUUGUCUUGUAUUGUGCAGUCAUUCAAAAUUCUUCUUCCAAAUCAGCCAGCUAAUACGUUGUUCAAUAGAUACCAACAAGCGAAGAGAAAGGAUGUUGAAAGGGCUUUUGGAACUCUCCAAAACAAGUUUCAAAUAAAAAAAAAGCCAGCAAUGUAUUGGGAUAAGGAGGAUAUAAACUUUAUUAUCAAAGAUUGUUUGAUUUUGCAUAACAUGGUCAUUGAGAAUGAAAAACGUAACUUAGAUUGGGGUCAAGUCGUGAACGAACCAAUACGACAGGUUACUGGAAUGCCGAGGUCAUACCACGAGUUAAGGAAUGAUGAGGCAUAUCUCCAACUCCGCAAUGAUCUUGUUCAGCACAUUUGGAUACGACAUGGACUAGGUCUCAGAGACGCUGAAAUGCCACCAUAA